AUGGACUUCUACAGCGGCGACGGGGAUGGGCCAGCAGCAGCAACAGCAGCCGCACCCAGCAGCCGCACCAGCACUCGCAACUCUCGCAGCAGCAGUACUACGCUGCACAGCACCAGCCGCUCGCGUACCAGUACUACGCCCCAAGCUCUACUUCGCCCCAGCAGCAGCAGAACGUGCAGCACUCGAUGGCAGACGUCAGUGCGUGGCAGUACGGGCCCCUGCUGGACUCCGCUACACAGAACUCGUAUACAUAUCCAGGCUUCCAGCAACCACAGCAGCCGCAACAGCAGCAGCAGCAGCAGCAGCAACCGCAACAACAACCACAGCAGCAGCAGCAGCCUCCCCCGGGGGAACACGCUGACAACGACGCUGUGGGAGGACGAGAACACCGUGUGUUACCAAGUCGAGGUCAACAGCGUGUGCGUCGUGCGCCGCGCGGACAACGACUUCGUCAACGGCACGAAGCUGCUCAACGUGACACGGAUGACCCGAGGCCGCCGCGACGGGAUCCUCAAGGCUGAGCGCACGCGGCAUGUGGUCAAGAUCGGCGCAAUGCACCUCAAGGGCGUCUGGGUGCCCCUCGACGCAGCGCGCGCCAUGGCGCACCGCGAGCAGAUCGCAGACCUCCUGUACCCGCUCCUCGAGCAGGACAUGGUCCGCUACAUCAACACACACCCGGGGCAGGUCAACCUCCUGCACAACGGCUUCUACCGGUAA